CCAAACACUCCCUUAACUCCAACAUCCUCAACCCAACUUCAUCUUACAAAUAAUUAACCUUUCCCAUUAAUUUGUUGUAAAACUAAAAUAAAAAGCAUGUUCAGAAACAUGGUCUUCCCAACAACAACCUCUUCCCUUCUUCCUUAAUUGGUGUGCUUAUUUAGGGAGUCCAAAUGUCUGUUGCGGAGCUCAAAGAGCGCCACUCCUCUGCCGUCGACACAGUCAACAAUCUCAGGCACCAAUUGAAGCAGAAGCGUCUUUCUUUGCUCGACACAGAUAUCUGUGAGUAUGCGAGGUCUCAGGGUAGAACACCUGUGACCUUUGGACCUACGGAUCUGGUUUGCUGUAGAACCUUGCAGGGUCACACGGGAAAGGUGUAUUCGUUGGAUUGGACUUCUGAAAAAAGUCAGAUUGUUAGUGCAUCUCAAGAUGGACGAUUAAUAGUGUGGAAUGCCCUAACUAGGCAGAAAAUCCAUGCCAUAAAGCUGCCUUGUGCGUGGGUCAUGACAUGUGCUUUUUCACCAACUGGUCAGUCUGUUGCAUGUGGUGGUCUUGACAGUGUGUGUUCUAUUUUCCAUCUUAAUUCACCCACUGACAAAGAUGGGAAUCUACCUGUUUCCCGGAUGCUUAGUGGACAUAAGGGUUAUGUUUCCUCUUGUCAGUAUGUUCCAGAUGAAGAUACUCAUUUAAUUACUGGUUCUGGUGAUCAGACAUGUGUUUUAUGGGAUAUAACUACUGGCCUUAAAACAUCUGUCUUUGGAGGGGAGUUCCAGUCUGGACACACUGCAGAUGUAUACAGUAUCUCCAUUAAUGCAUCCAACUCAAGAAUGUUUGUAUCCGGUUCUUGUGAUGCAACUGCUCGAUUGUGGGAUACUCGCGUGGCAAGUCGAGCAGUGCGGACAUUUCAUGGGCAUGAGGGAGAUGUUAAUGCAGUUAAAUUCUUUCCGGAUGGAAAUAGAUUUGGAACCGGCUCGGAUGAUGGUACCUGCAGAUUGUUUGACAUUAGGACUGGACACCAACUUCAAGUAUAUUAUCAGCAGCACAGUGACAAUGACAUCCCGCCUGUGACUUCCAUUGCAUUCUCUGCAUCAGGAAGACUUCUUUUUGCUGGAUACACAAAUGGAGAUUGCUAUGUUUGGGACACUUUACUGGCAAAGGUGGUCUUGGAUUUAGGAUCUCUUCAAGACUCUCAUGACGACAGGAUCAGCUGUUUAGGUUUGUCAGCUGAUGGGAGUGCUUUGUGUACAGGAAGUUGGGACACAAACUUAAAGAUAUGGGCUUUUGGAGGGCAUAGGAAGACAACUUGAGCAUUGGGGGGAUGAUAAAAUUGAAGAUGAAGUGCGUGCUCUCACAUAACCCUUCAUUUUAGGCUUGCAACUAGUGCAGCGGUUUGUUUAUGCUCAUAUCUGUUUGUCCACGUGUGAUCUAAAUAGUACUUUUUCCAUUGUACUACCCGCUUCGGUAACUAUACCUUAAACCAAAAUGAAGGACUGUUUGUUUUCUGGUCUCA